AUGAAGAACAAACCUGUUGACAGUACUAAUCGAUGCAAGAUUUGUGAUGCUGCGAUGGCGACGCCACAAAUUCAGUCGCUGCAUGAGCUGCAUAGAAAUGGAAUGAAAUGGUUCUGUCUGGAUUGCGCCAGCGCUCAAAUGGACGAAGUGGAGGCGAUGAAGCACUACUUCAGUACGCAUGUCAAAGUUGCUGAACAGAGAGCUAUUGAGAAAGGAUUAUUGUUCCGCCCAUUGCAUUACGAACUGCAGUGUCCAUUCCCGAAAUGCCGAGAACCGUUGUCCACUUUAACUAAUCUUCGUAUGCAUAUAAACAACAAGCAUCGAACUGAGACAGCUUAUCAAUCUGCCACAUGUAUGUUCCGCUUCUGCUCGCCGUUUGCUAAAUCGAAACAUGACGGGCAACACUCAACUUAUGAGAGUGUGAAUGGUGUGGAGGGCACAUGCUGUCCAUUGUGUGGCACUCUGAACCAGUGGAACAUUCAGAUGCCUGGCACUUCAUAUACGAUGAGCCACAUUGCUGUUCACGGGCUACGUCGGUACCAUAUGUGUCGCGAUUGUUUCGUCUGCUUCAAGGGCGAUUAUGAUUGUGUUCGAAUGAAAACCCAUUUCGAAACAACGCAUUGCACUCCGAUACCAAAGACGAACAAUCGCGAGUUAUUGUGCAAGUUAUGCAGAGAAGUGAUCUUAAAGUCACAUCUUGCUGAGCACGUCAUUGAAAAGCAUUUGGUGAGUGGUCAACUUUUCUCUUUUCUUUUUUUUGAAUCUUUGAUUUAA